AAUUAAUUUUCCAGGAAAACAACGGUCACCCAAGUGAUAUUAGUCAUGAGAUGACAUCUAACGUCCCGUGCGAUGGUACAGCCGUGUGAAAAUCAUCAAAGGUUCAUGAAUUUCUCAAGAAAAAGAUCAACUGUAUCGUCAAAAUGUUGAAUCAACGUGUAAAAUGUAGGAAGAUUAUUUUUCGUGCCGCAAGUGGGGCUUUUCCGCUGAUGUGUCAAAAUUAAAGAAAAAUACGAAAUGCCAGCGCUCAACUUAUUGGAUUUGGAUAUUAAUAAAUUGUUCGAGGAACAUACGAUAAAGGAGAUUGAAGAAAUACAGAAAAAGAUACAAUAUGAGAGUGAUAGAAAGAAAGUCGAGCUCCGAACUUUGGUUGGAGAGCGCUAUCGGGAUUUGAUACAAGCUGCAGAUACAAUAGCCGAUAUGAAGAGGACAUCGGAGGAUGUUAUUACAAGAAUUAUAGACAUGGAAGAUACAUGCCGUACGCUUCAACAAAAAUACCUUAUUGGUUUUAAAAUGGAUUCUGUGGAAAGCACAUCCGAAAGAGAGUCCUGGGAAAUAUCAGACUCGGUUGUAAUGCAAAUCAAAAUUCUUAUGGAUAUUCCUGAGCAAAUUUGGUCUGCCAUCGAUGCACGAGACUUUUUAUUAGCCACACAAUUAUAUAUGCUAGCCCAACAUGUUAAUUAUAGCUUAACAUUUGAAAUUGGAAAUAAUGAAUUGACUAAUAAAUAUCCCAUAAUUGCUAAGCAAUGGGGAGCAAUCAGUCAAUUCAAAAAUGUGAUAUUAAAUGGUUGUAUUGAUUUAUUACAAUCAUUGGAUUUAUCUGCAGAGUCAGCAGCUAACAGUUUGGCUUCCUUAGUACUCUUGGAUGGCGCCUCUUCCUCCGCACUGAUAGAAAAAUUAAUAUCAAUGAGAAGCAAAGCAAUAGAAACCAUAAUCAAAGAUGAGAGUCAUCACAGUGUACGAAAUCGAAUAAAAUUGUGUGUUAAAUUAUUAACACAAACCAUCAUUCUCAUCCGUACCUGUUUCAUAAAAGCCAAUAAUAAAGAAGGGGGUCUUGUAAUGCAGUACAUUAACUCAGUAACUGAUCUUGAUGCAGCCUUCAUGUUCGCACAACUCGACCUGGACAAGGAUUUAGUAAAUAAAUACCUGCCAACUAUCACAAAGAAUCACAAGCCCUUUACGAGGGGCGAAAUCGAAGACUUCUCAAUAACUACGCUUCACGAAAAUUUGAAAACAUGGCUCAGCUGGGUGAAAACAUUUACCACGGUGGAAGUGUCCAAGCUAUUGAACCUGGUGACCUCUGUUCGUGGGAUCUUUAACAUCCGCGAAGAAGCCCUGGCACUGGAGUUUCCAGAUAACUGGAAUACAACCUGGGAAGAAUUAUCUUUGCCCGUUACCAAUUUCUGGGCACAAUUCUUCCAACCUUUAUUAACUGAACGUGCAAAAGGAAUAAUGAACACCAAGUGGACAGAAGCAUUAGCUAAUCUUAAGACUAGCAUCAAGGACCUACUGGGACGUAUCAUCCACGAGAAAUACGACUUCCCCGAGCACGAUCUUCGCUGGUUCGUCUGGAAAGAUUCCCCGAAUGAUAUUCCCCAGAAGUUAUCCAAAAAUGGCGCUCCUGAUAGUAAAAGAUCCUUACUUAUGAAGACAAAAGGAUACUCGCCAAACGUCGUACGUCUCUGCGACGAUUUUGACAAGGAUCUAUUUAACCUACUUCUAGACCUAGAGCAGUAUCUCUACGAGACAGAUCGUACCAGUAUUAAAGAUGACCUCCUAUCUAUGAACAUCUCCCUAGUCUCCAAUAAAUUUGCUGACAGAUCAGUGCUUCAGGAAGAGCUUCAGAGGAUCAGUACAGCAAAAAUCGAGGAACUUACAAGUUUUGUACGCCAGGAAUGCCUUCUGGACAAACCCAAGUUUGGACGUCGUGAUACCAAUGCCAUCUUUAUAGGAAGAUUUCUUCAAGCACUCUGCACUCUCUGUCCCAAUCUGAACAAGUGCUUCACGUUUUCAAAGGUAGCUGGACUGAGUAUCACGAAUGUCAAGUGGCAGAGCAUUUGUGAUAUCCUUAAGGAACAGAGUAUCGUAGCUUGGUCUUCCUGGGCGGAUUCCUAUAAAAUCAAGAUCUGCGAACAUCGUGACAAUCUGUUGAAGAAGGAACCUGUUGAUGGUCUGAGAGUACAUUCCAUUAUCUCAGAGUGGGAGAAAGUUACCAUAGAGGAAGAAGCUGAAGAAGGGAAGAGAAUGAAAUCAGAAAUUUUCGUACCUUAUCAGCCAUCUGUACCUUUGCAAAAAUACCUCGCAGCAGUCAGCAAGGAUUUGAAUAGUGUUAUACCACACACUAUACCCAAGAAAGUUCUUACUGACAUUGUGGAUGCCAUGGUAACAGGGCUCUUUGAUUACUACGGAGAAAUGUCGAAGAAUAGUGAUUUAAGGCAGAAACAGGCAUUUCAGGUCUUUUUUGAUCUGAAGUAUAUCAGUCUCUUGAUGGUUCCGCGUGAGAAUAAGAUAUUGAUUGAAAAUUCUGUUGAAGUAUCCGAUCAUGUAUUGUCAAAGAUUGAUCCUUUUGAUCUUGACGUCUUUUAUCCCUUCAUUCAGACAAAUGUUAAAAGGAGCGUUCAACGGACACUGCUUAUUUUUGGAAGUCUUGUACCACAUUCAGAACAAUUACACUCUAUAUUGGGAGCACGAAUGGAGUAUAGUUCAGAAGGUGGAAAAUCUGUAACAGAACCUGCAGGAGUCUUAGCAGUUUGUACCGGAGCACCCUGGUUUCCAUCACUGGCAGUGACUGCUCCAGCAAGAAAUUUACCAUUGGCCCCGGUGACAAUACCAGAUAAGAAUCAGAUACGUGAUUGCAACUGGUAUAUUCGAUUAAUAUGAAUUUGCGUAAGAAGACUACACUUAAGAGCCACAACAGAAAUGAUUCUACAGGAGCUACAAUAAAAUCUGGAGCAGCAGCAUUCUUUGGAGCUAUGGGAACUGAUUGGUUUGGCACCAGUUAACCAGUGUACAAGUAUUUUAUCAC